AUGAAAAUGCCAGAGUCUGCCCUUCGCUUUGUUUCCCGUCUGUCUCCUCGAACGCGAUCCGCAUAUCGUCACUUUCGGUCGCGUCACUUUCUCGGCCGAAGCUCGUUGAGCUCGGCUUUGCCUAUAGAAACAUCGCAGGUCGUUUUCACUGGUUCACGCGCUCAAGAAUCAACGAGUGCGCUACGCUUUUGCAGCCAUCCAGGUGGUUUUUCUUCCACUCGUUGCCGCGUGUUGUCGUCGGUUUCUGCAGCUAUGGUGCUCGUGCCCUCAUUCCGUGUAAGUCAACGAAUAUGCCCAACCAUUUUUUGUGGCUGUCGGCGUUUUGGUUCGAAUAGCUCGGUUGAUAACGAAAACGCUUUCGCGUUCAGCUCUUCGCACGAAAAGACGCUUGUGGGUCAAUUCGCUUCACUCGCCUUUCGAGGCGGUCUCCCCUAUAUUCCUUCAGUAAGAAGGGCCUCUCUUCGUGUCUCUUCGCAUGGAUUUUCGACAGGCUGGUCGCCGCUGCCCUCCAGUCCAGCUGGCGGGAGCCUCGAAGGGCAAACCUCCCGCGAGUCGUCUCGAGAGCUUCCACGCUCCGCCAGACGCGCCGCGCUUCUCGCCCUGGCCACUGGCGCGUUGUGGGUGAGUCUGUGUGACUGCGAGAACACAGUCCGCCGGCUGGAUAAGAUAUGGAUUGGAGCAAGAGGGGGACGACGACAUGAACGCGUCGAGCAACGCCAGGAGGAGACUGGAGAGAGAGAACUUGGAGCGGUCCCGUUGUUUUCGUCUUCCCUUCAUCCGCAGACAGACUCGAGGCCAGCGGCUUGGUGUCAAGAGAAGCCAGCCAGUGAAGAAACAAAGUCUCUGGCGAAAAGUGGGGAAACAUCAGCCAUCGAUGCGCAACGAGAAACGCAGCCUCCAAAACCCAGAACGCGGCCGUUUGUAAUUACUAAGGAAAAAUACUUGGAAAAAAAGUUCGCCAAGUCUUCAGAAUAUCGCCGUACGGAAUCAGGAAUGCGUAUCUGCGAAAAAGAGGAAGGCCACGGUGAACGAGUCGUCGGCCCUGGCGACGUUGUGUGGCUGCAGUAUGAAGCCCGCCGCGCAAGCGAUGAUCAGAUUUUCGAGAGCACCUACGCUGCCCGUCUUCCCACUUUCCUCCUCAAACUGUUUUAUUUACUGGGAAAGCGAGACAUCGGCAGCGACGCUAUGCCUGACGGCCCAUACGUCCGCGCACGAGUCAGCUGUGGGGAUGUCUGCAGUUCCCCGCCUUCCUCUUCUGUUCUUCUCGGCGAAUGUUCUGCUGUCGAACUUAAGUCACCUUUGCAGAGGACAGAGAGAGGUUUCAACUCCAACCUUCAGAACUUACAUAAAAGCCGAGUGAACGGCGAAAAGGCAGAGUCCGACACGUCAGUGGCAGGGCAGACAUCGCGGAGGAAAGACAGGGAGGACGGUGGCUCUGCUGCGCCGUGUAGUCCUCAAGCUGGCCACAACGUUCCAGCGUUACAAUUGGAACAGAAGAGUGGAGCAGGGAAAGAGAGGGCAGAUAUCGUGUCCGUGGAGAAAGGAUUUCAUCCACUUAUUCCUGCGCUUGACGAGGGCAUUCGAGGCAUGCGCGUCGGAGGAAUCCGAGAGCUCAUUGUCCCUCCCUAUCUCGCAUAUCCCUUUAUGUGCCAAGAGGUUCUAGUAUAUGAGGUUCACGUGUUGUGGAUCGGAGAAACGUUGCCCAAGUCGGAUUCACUUUGGAUCCGUCUCAAGCGAGUGGGUGACGUUCUUUGGAAAUCCACAGGGAAGGGCGAGGAACCGAAGGUUCCAUGA